AUGUCCAACCCUACCACCGCCGUUGUUCAGACUCAGCUGGUUGGAGGCACCGACGGCGAUAUCUUCCACGAUGGUUCUGCCCUCGGUGGUUGGCCCGCCAUGCAAAAAAUCGACAUGGCGCACCCCAUUCGGCAAAUUGAUAUAUUCUCCGGAUGGAUCGUCGACGGUGUUACCGUCACUUAUCAGCUUCAAGGAGGAAGUACUGCUAAGGGUGCCCACGGGACGUCCAGCACCAGGUCCACCGUGAAAUUGUCGGACAAGGAGACACUGUUGGCUGUUGUCGGCCGCGCAGGCAACCACAGCUACUACAAGCGAUCCGUCGUUCACCAGCUCACUUUCGUCAUCUUGGAUACUUCCAACGGCAAGGUCCGACAGGAAGGACCUUUCGGUAAUGAGGAUGCGUCUAACCAAGGAGAGGUCUUCCACGUCUCCGGGCCGAUUGCUCUGGCUGGCUAUGCUAAGAAUGGCACUGAUCCCUUGGGCCUGUCUGGAUUGUCAUUCAUCAAGGCCUCCACCUUUGAGUGA